GUAAAAUAAAAUAAAUCAAACUUGGUGAAAAAUACAUUGUGCAACAUUUAUUCCUUAUCGGAGUUUGCGGUCGGUAUUAUUUUUAAUCGGACUUUGCAGCUUCCGGUAUGACGACUAUGAUAUCACGCGUUUGUUUUUCUAGAUUGCGGUUUCCGUUUCCGUUUCCGGCCUAGCAUUGUACCCAGCAAACAACUCGCAAUUCACGUCAGUCUCUACUUGCCUCUCGUCGAAAUUAGUCGUUUCACUGUGAAAAAUAAAAAAAAAAUGUUUCUGUGCAGCACUUGUGGGGAAUUGUUUUCCUAUAAAAGGAAUUUGACAAGACAUGCGAAGACUUGUAAUGCCAAUGAAAUCCAAACUGCCACGCCCCAAACCAGCGUGGACGAGGGUGCUAGCCUUAGUAAACAUAUGUGCCAAAAAUGUUUGAAAUCCUUUAGCAGAAGUGAUAGUUUAGGCAGGCAUAUGAAGAUUUGUAAAGGAGCCCCUAAUGUCAAUCAGCCUGAACCAAAAAAUUUAGAGAAGACCUCCCUGAAAAGAACAAGCUCUGCCACUAACAUCAAUCAGGUAGAGCCAGAGUCUUCGGUGCCAAAGAGAGCUAGACUUGGUUUCAAUAACGAACACUUGGUAAUGCAGGAGGAAGGUGUUUACUUAGUUAAUGCCUCUUACAAAAACCGAAUUGCUACAUACCGACUUUUAUCGAAAAAAAGAUCCUAUCAGCGUUAA